AUGCCACAAGACCCGGAAUUCAUGCGGUUAAUCAUCAACAUCAUUGUCCUCUCCACCGUGGUCAUCUACCACACCCAAAAGCACGCACCAGUCUACCACACCAAAUUCCACAAAAGCACCCUCUGCCUCCCAAUCCACAUCACCACCGGCCUGAUGGAAUCCUUCCGGUACCAAAUCCGCGCCGCCACGUCCGACCAAAAAGACAUCCUCCCCAACGAACUCGACGUCAUAUCCUCCUUCAUCUGGUCCUGGACCAGCUUCGUCCUCGUGAAGUCGCUCCGUCGCGGCCAUCCCAGUACAACACGUCCGCCGUACCAAACUGCCGCUGUUCUGCGUCCGGUCAUCUCGCUCGCUUCGUAUGUGUUCGAGAUUCCCGGCUUUUAUAAACUCUCGAUCCGCGCAUUGGAUAGUUUCGGGUAUGCGCGCCUGGCGAUAUUUUUAUUAACUCAUACGCCGUACCUGGAGAAGGUUACGUCAAGCGAUAUCUACGCGUUGGCUAUCCCGGUGGCGUCGCUGCUGAGUAUCCAUGGCAGCAGGGUUCCGGGGGCUACUUUGGCGUUUGGCGUCAUAACGGCAUAUGUGGCGAAGCUGAAUCGGUGGGUGACACGGCGGUCGAGGGAGAUGAAAGAACCGGACGUCUUUUUUAAUGCGUCGGCGUUCGAGAAGUGGUUGGUCACAACGUUAUUGCAUCUUGGGUUUGCGGAGUUGGAGGAAUUGAGAGAUUUCAGUCAUUCGAAGGCUUUGAAUGCGCCGGUGAAUGAUGACUAUGUUCCCAAGAGAGAGAGUCUGGCGAAUGGGGCAUGA